AUGCCGACAAUUGACGAGGAGAUGGACGGCGAUCUGCCCUUCGGCGACCUGCCCGACUCGGAAUUGGUUGGCUCGGGCGGCGCAUCGCCAAACCUCACCACGGCCCAUUUCCCUGCUCCCGGGUACUGCCUUCUUCAUCCCCACGCGACCAAGUAAUCCCACCCCAUCCCUGCUCUCAAUCCAUCCCAUACCUUUCACUUGCCCCGACUGACAUUGCCUAGCUGUCUCUGCAAUGCCUUCAUCCAAGAUUGCCCUCUCUCCCACCACCCAGUCGACCCUCCGUCCACGGGGCUCGAAGAACCUGACUACAGCCGUUUCGAAAACUGGCUUCCCCGAUUCGUCAGGCCAGAGAAGCCUUGCGACUACUGCCGAUCCCGCCGCCUGAACUGCUACGUCCAGCGAGGUGAGCCGCAUUGUACUCCGUGUGCUUCGCUGUUCCGAGAAUGCAGCCUGUCCAACACCACCACCUUGGAGGCCAACAACCAGAAGUAUGGCGAAUUCCUCGACACUUUACAUCUCAUCGAUGAGAACACGGCCAAGGAACGUGGCAGUCUCACCGGCAUCAAGCCAUUGAAGUCGAAGCCUGGCGGCAGUGGCACCCACACUCCCGUGCGAGCAGAUGAUGCUCCAGGUAGCUCCAAACGCAACGGCAUUCGCUUUCCCAGACACGCCGUCAAGAUUCUUCGAGACUGGGUCGAGGCUCACGCACACAACCCAUAUCCUACCGAAGAUGAGAAAGCAGAGCUAGAGAGGGAGACUGGACUGGCGCCGAUCCAAAUAGCCAACUGGCUGGCCAACGCAAGACGUCGCCGCAGGAUGACAGACAAGUCGCGGCCGAAGCUCUGCGAGUCUCCGAGUCUUCGACCAACUACCGCCGCCAUUCCCAUCCCCGGCGCCGACAAGCCAUGGGAGGACCUGAAUCCUUUCGAACGUUGGAAGCAUUCUCCACCAGAGCAUGAGCCUGCCUCCUUGACGGAUAUCGCGAACGCCGUCGCCACCAACAUCUUACCCGACGAGACGAGAUCCGAUUCUCCAUCCACCAUCGCUCGAUCAAGCAAGAGACGAAAAGGGUCAAGCUCCGGAUCAGGCUGGUCACAUCGCCGUGCUCCCUCUACUACCUCUGGAGAAACAGGCCAAACAUCGUCCAUUUCCGCGUCGACCAGUGCCGCACACUCAAAUGGCUCAUCUCAUUCUACUCAUGGUUCUUUCGGAUCGUUUAGCAGCAGCUUGGCGGGCAAGAAGCACAGGCGACGGCGUCGAAGGCCCGCUGCCCUGACACCGGGAUGUAAGUCGACAGACGCACAGAAGCGUAUCUUCCAGUGCACGUUUUGUACGGACACGUUCAGAGCAAAGUACGACUGGACGAGGCACGAGAAGUCACUGCAUCUGUCCUUGGAGAAGGUAAGUCUGAUGGUGCGGUCCACGACUAGAGCAUGCUGACCAGCCGUAGUGGAUUUGCGCCCCGCUGGGACCUGUAAUCACAGACCAGGAGACUGGAGUCAAGAUAUGCGUGUACUGCGACCUUCACAACCCAUCGGGCGACCACAUUGAGUCCCACAAUCAUCGACAGUGUGAAGAUAAGGGUAUCGACGCAAGGACUUUCUACCGCAAAGAUCACCUUCGGCAGCAUUUACGGUUGAUGCAUGGAUGCGAAAUGACUUCCUCCAUGGACAAUUGGAAGUCGAUAGCCGUCAAUGUCAAUUCUAGAUGCGGCUUCUGCUCCCAACGCUUCUCUGUCUGGCAAGAGAGGGUGGACCAUCUCACGGCUCACUUCAAAGCUGGAGCGAGGAUGUCAGAGUGGAAGGGUUGCAGAGGUCUGGAUCCAGCGGUCGCUGCACAAGUAACCAACGCUAUGCCUCCAUACCUCAUUGGCAUUGAAUCCGUGAGCCCAAAUCCCUUCUCUGCAUCCAACAGAGGGACGUGGCGCGAUGCGCUGGAGAUCAGCGGCACAGACAACGUCGAGUUCCAGCAAGACGCUGUAAUGCGAACAGGCGACAACGAUGAAGGCGGACCAAGUCGAAAGACGACGUGCUGGGAGAUCCUCACCAUCAGACUGGGCAAGUACGCGAAAGAAAUGUCGGACAAAGGAAUGGUGAUGACAGACGAGAUGCUCCAACGCCAAGCUCGAGAGAUCUUAUUUGAAUCGGAUGACCCCUGGAACCAAACACAUGCGGAUCACCCAGAGUGGCUGGACCUCUUCAAGAAGGCGCACGGCAUGAACUUCAUCCCGAGCCAAAUCGGUGGCCAGGGUAGUCAAGUGCCCGAGGACAUAGAGGUGAGGCCGGAGUUCAAACUCAGCCUCGAGUGACCGCUGACGUUCCAUAGACAUUCACCGAUCUGGGUCUUCGCGUACCUUUUGCACUUCAGCUCAAGGCAUACAACCAAUCUCAGCAUCCCAGACCCAAUUCUGACGGUGCUAGCAGACCUGGACCCUCGAAAUCAAUGCUCAAAGAAGAACUGUAUGAGCUGCUAUCGACAGAAUGCUCUCUGCACGACGGAGACCAGAGGUGUGAGCAUGUCGCCUGCGCACAAAAUCUGAUCGAUCUUAGUCCCGUCAUCCAACUCAGUGGCGGCGAAGCGAUUGGUCCGGGGACGAGAAGAUGGUGCAGCCAGAAAAUCUCGCCCGAAGCUGUCCUAAAUUUGGCCAAGGUGAAAGCUUCGAUACCAGCUACGUACGUCUCGGCCUUUGAGAACAGGAUGAAGGCAUCGCAGAGCUUACCUCGACAACAUGGCAAUGCGUCCUGCGAUGGUCCUCAAAACACUGCUUUCUCAAACAGAGCCCAAGCACUGCAAGACCUGUGGGGUCUCGAUGUUGGACCGCACGAACAUAGUGAGUCGUAUGGGGAGCCUUCUGCGAACCGCUUAAAGGGCUUGCCAACACUUCGGGACUUGGAACUUCGCAAUCAUGACCAUAACCAAUCCUGCGCCGCCUGUCGCCCUGGAGAUACAGAUCAUGCAGCUGCCAAAGGCCGAGCUAGCGGGCACACGACCUCGACACAACACGAAAAUGUCGCAUGCUCUUGCAGUCCCACCGACCACGCCCUGAUCGCUUCGCGAAACCGCACGAGAGGCCUGGCAACGCUGGCAGGCAUGGAAGCUCCCGAACUCGACACGUGUUCGCAUUCCAAAUUUCAAGAAAAAUACCUCCCGCGUCAUAAACUCGAACUCCCCAAAGACAAGGCACGGCUCUUCGCCACCACCACCGGGGCAUGGGAGGACAGCGGCGUCAUGCCCAAAACCGUCGAGACUUCCCUCCCUAGUAUCCAAGAAACAAACCACGUCUCCACGGGCGCCAUGAUGGAAUUCCUCGGAGGCGACAUGGGCGCCUUGCUCCCUUUUAGCCACGACGCCCGGACUUCCCAGAUCCCGCUGCCAACUGCUGGAGGAGGAGGAGGAGGCGGCGGAGACUGGAGGCAGCUGUCGUCCGAAAUCUCCCAGGAAGAAAUGAUGCAUUGUCUCGACGAGCUCUUGAGUACCACGAAUCAUACUACUACCACCACAACAAAAACUUCUGCUACGACUACUUCUUCUGCUACUGCGGAGAGCUCCUACCCCAGUGCGAUGGAAAUGGAAAUGGAAAUGGACUGGACCACGGGCUUCGAAGUCCCAGCAGGACUACCCGCGGAUCUGUCCAUGGUUGUUCAUAAUAAGGAUGUCGAUGUCAAUUUUGAUUUUGAUUUUGAGGAGGAGGAAAUGGAUUUCGAUGGGAUUUUCGAUAUGCCGCUUGAUGAGACGUUUGGGGGUGGGUAG